AUGAAAAUAAUUUAUAGUUUCAGCUUCAGAGCAUACCGCUGGGUUCAAAGCAUGGUGUUUGCUAUUGAAGAAAUUAAUCAAAAUCCAACUUUCCUACCAAAUCUCACUCUUGGAUUUAGGAUUUAUGAUACCUGCCUGACUGUGGCAAAAUCACUUCAUGGCACUGUGUGGAUGCUGGCAGGUCAAGAUGUAGCUGUCCCAAACUACAGUUGUCAUGGACACACUCCAUCCUCAUCAGCGGCCAUCAUUGGGGAUUCUUCUUCUGGCUGUACAAUUCCAAUGAUUCAGCUGCUUGGACUCUACCUACACCCUCUGAUCAGUUAUUUUGCAUCAACUCCUCUUCUGAAUGACAGGCAUCUGUAUCCAUCAUUUUACCGAACCAUCCCAAGCGACGAGUUCCAGGCCCAAGGCCUUGCCCAGAUGGUGAAUUACUUUGGCUGGACAUGGGUGGGAUUACUAGCACAAGAUGAUGAGUAUGGAAAAGAGGGGACCCGGAUUAUUAAAGCAGAGAUUAUCAAGGCUGGAGGCUGUAUUGCUUUUGAUGAAACUGUUCCUUUACUUUACUCUGAAAAAAAGACCAAGCUCCUUGUUGAUAUGAUUGAAAAAUCAUCAUCAAGAGCCAUUGUGUUUUUCUGUUUUGAUUCCCAUAUGUUACCAGUAAUAGAGGAGAUUUUUAGAAAAAACAUAACUCAAAAAAUUUGGAUUGCCAGUGAGUCUUGGUCAAGUUCCUCAAUCCUUUCUCAGCAGAAGUACAUGCAGCUUCUUAGCGGAACAAUAGGAUUUGCAGUCCGAAGAUGUCACAUUCCUGGACUUGGGAAGUUUCUCCUUAGAAAUAGCCCAUUAAUGUAUCGAGAGGACAUAUUUGUUAAAAUAUUCUGGGAAGAAGCCUUUGGUUGUGUGUGGUCAAGGUCUGACACCAGUCAAACCACUGACACAUCAGAUACUACAGCAAAACUCUGCACUGGGAGAGAAAGGUUAGAAACACUUAUCAAUGCCUACACAGACAUAUCUGAUCUACGAAUCACCUGCAAUGUCUACAAUGCUGUGUAUGCUGUGGUUUAUGCCCUGAAUGAAAUGUGUGUUUGCAAUCCUGGCGAAGGGCCAUUUUAUAAUGGGACAUGUACAAAUAUCCAUGGUUACAAGUCAUGGCAGCUUCUCCACUACAUCGAGCACCUGUAUUUUACCAACAGUGAGGGAGAGAAGGUCUGUUUUGAUCACAAUGGUAACAGCCAGGCUUUGUAUGAUAUCUUGAAUUGGCAGGUAUCUCCUGAUGGAACAAUUAGGUUUGUCCAGGUGGGAAGGUUUAAUGGAAAUGCCCCUCAAGGCCAAGAGCUGAUCAUCAACGUUAGUGCUAUAGCAUGGGCUGCAGGACACACACAGGUUCCUCACUCUUUCUGCACUGAAAGCUGUCGCACAGGCUACAGAAAGGCCUCUCAAAGGGGACAGCCUUUGUGCUGUUUUGACUGUUUGCCUUGUUCCCAAGGAGAGAUUGCAAACCAGACUGAUUCUGUUAACUGCAUCAGAUGUCCAGAUGACCAAUGGCCGAAUGUGAGACAGGAUCGAUGCUUCACAAGAACUACAGAGUUUCUGUCAUAUGAAGAGCCAUUGGGUACUGCAUUAGCUGUCAUAUCUGUCAUCUGCUUCUCUCUUACUGUUGUGGUACUUGGUGUUUUUGUCAAAUAUCGGGACACUGCAGUUGUUAAAGCCAACAACAGGGAACUUAGCUACACAGUUCUCUUUGCUGUCAUGCUGUGUUCUCUCUGCUCAUUACUUUUCAUUGGUCAGCCAACAACAGUGACAUGUAGGUUGAGACAGCCUACCUUUGGUGUAGUGUUUUCUUUUUCAAUUUCCUGCGUUCUGGCAAAGACCAUCACAGUUGUAAUUGCUUUCAAAGCUACAAAACCAAAUAGCAGCUUAAGGCGGUGGAUGGGCCCAAAGCUACCUGCAGCAAUAAAUUUUGCCUGCAGCUGUACUCAACUUGUAAUAUGCAUCAUCUGGCUGGUGACAUCACCUCCAUUUGUAGAACAUAAUAUGAAAGUUCAGGCUGGUAAGGUAACAAUUCAGUGCAACGAAGGCUCUCCCUAUGCAUUCUGGGGUAUGCUGGGUUACAAUGGACUUCUGGCAGCUAUGAGCUUUACUGUAGCUUUCCUGGGCAGGAAACUGCCUGACAGUUUUAAUGAAGCUAAAUUUAUCACCUUCAGCAUGAUUGUUUUCCUCAGCGUGUGGCUGUCUUUCAUCCCAGCUUACCUCAGUACUUCAGGAAAAUACAUGGUUGGUGUUGAGGUAUUUGCUAUCCUUUCCUCGAGUGCAGGACUGCUUGCCUGUAUAUUUUUUCCAAAGUGCUACAUUAUCCUAUUAAGACCUGAAAUGAAUUCAAAAGAUUAUCUGAUGGGAAAGAAAACAACCAUAGACUAAAUGGGUCCACAUUACUUAAAAAAUAAAAUCACAUGUACAACCAUGAAAUGUCUCUGUUGUUAUGGAGUGACUUGUAUUUAUCCAUAGCUCUUAAUAUGCAGCAUUAAAAUAAAACUAAGUCUGCCAUAAUACUUGAAUGUAUGGAUAUUAUUUAGAUACUUGGCAAUGUUUAUGUCACCUGCCUGUUUGGU